AUGGAGAAUGAAAAUAUUAUUAGUGAUGAACAGCCUUUGCAAGAAACAGAAGCGCAAGGAGUAGUGCAGGAUGUGGAGUUAAAGCUUGAGGACCAAACUGAAGACUCCGAAGCGGUUAUGGGGGAGGGGACUGAAAAAACUGAUGGAGAUACAGUAAUGGGUGAACACGAUGAGCAUGAUGAAUUAGUCGGAGAGCAUAAAGAAAUUGCCAUGGGCGAAGCAUUGGGAGAAGAAAUGGUGGGAGAAGAAAUGGAGGGAGAACAUUUAGAGGGAGAUGAAGUAGAAAAGAAAGAAGAAGUGCCACCGCCCGUUGAGGAAGUCGUCGAAGAAGAGGAAGGAUACGUUGAAGAGCCGCCACCUGACCCUGCCGCUCCUUAUGAUCUCUCUGACUCCAAAGAAGCACUUAAGCCUCCGUUUGAAUUGAGACCUGAACAAGUGGCGGAAGUAGAAUUACUUUGGGACUAUUACCAAAAUUGCACACCCGCUUACGCUAAUUUGGAUGGUUUUAUAACUGAGAAAGAAUUACUUUACAUGCUCAAGUGUCUUAUGCUCAUGACUUAUACACCUGAACAGUUUGAAGAAUUAAUAGCAUAUUGUGUGAGACCACCCCAUCCUCAAGGUCAUAUAACAUUUGAACAGUUUUUAAAGAUGGUUACAAUAAGACAAAGAGAUUUUCCAGUUGAAGAAGAACUCCGAACUGCUUUACAAGUAAUGGAUCCAGAUAGAACAGGUUCAAUUGAUAGAGAGUACUUAAAAGAGACUCUUUCUAAGCUUGGUUAUAAAAUGCCACAGAAAGCAUUAGAUAAUCUUAUCAAAGAAGUCGAUAUGAGUAAUGAUGGAACAAUAGGAAUUGAGGAUGUCGUUGGCACGAUGUGCAUUGAUUUGAAUAAAGAAGAUCUAUUAAUGCUCAUGGCUUCCUUACAGCCUCCAGAUGAACAGGUGCCUCCAGAAGAGGUUUAA